ACUCGAGGCUGGAGAAGAUCCGAUCGGAGUCGCUCCGUUCCCCGAUGACGCUUGAGCAGCUGCUGAUGUAUUGCUCGGCAUUCGUGGUCCAACUGCUGGAGCAGGGUGAGGAGGAGAUGCGCCACAGGGUGCUCGGCUGGUUCGUGCACCGCGCGCACGAGAUCAUGGGGAACAGGCAGGGGCAUGCGGUGUUCGCCACGCUGCUGCGCAUCUGCCGCUGGCGGUAUGAGGAGCUCCGCAGCAUCGUGGAAGCCGCCGUCACGCCCAACCUCGUCUCGAGGUCCAACGACGGGGUGACAUCUCUGAAGAUGCUCAUUGCGGAGGUGGCGCGGCACUGGGACCUGUCCGAGCGGCUCGUCGGCAGCUUCGUGAAUGAGCGCGUGAUGGACGAGGCCGGAGGGAACGAACUGAUUGCCGACUGUUUCGCCACGAUGCCUUACGAGGUGACCAGGGCUCUGAUCCGGCACGCCCUGGACACCAUCAAUGACAAGCUGGAGUCAGAGUUGGGGUCGAGGUGCCUGGCAGUAUGCUUCAGGAACGCGCGAGCCGACCAUCUCAAGGACUUCGAGAAGGCCGUCUGUGAAGGUGCCAUAGCAAUGGCCAUGGGCCAAUACAGCAACUACUUCAUGCAGGGCGUCCUGGAGCAUGGGGACAUAGGUGUACAGUACGCCGUCGUGGAUCAGCUCAUGACGGAAGUCGCCAGUCUGUGCUGCCACCGGUACGGGCACUACGUGGUGCAGUCUUGCAUCCUGAAGAGCGGCGAUUACCGGGGCGAGCUGCUGCGGCGUCUGAUCCAGGAGCUUGAACGGCUGGGCGAUACACAGCUCGCCGGGCUGGUGAAGAACCGCUUCGGCAGCCGCGUCCUCAGCCGCCUGCUCGACACGGCCGAAACUCCUCGCUUCAGGAGCGAGCGCUGGGGGUGGGAGCUGGCCCAGAGGAUCAGGCGCGCAUCGGCGGCCCACCUGGGGCCUGACCUGGAGAAGACUAACGCGAAGCGGGUGAUGAAGUCCGUAGACCGGAUGGGGCUGUCGUAGCUAUCGUUUCUGUGUGUUUUGCAUUGUUGUCGAUCUGACGGAAGCUGUCGUCUGGGGAUGGCUAGUUCGGUUCUAGAUGUGGACAUGGUGUCGAAUGUCGAGUGCGAGCCUGAUUUGGAACGCUGCUGGAACCUGGCGUCUUAUCUUUGAUGUGAAGUGUACGUGUUUGCACUGUACUAGACAAUCGAUGUGAGUUCACCAAGAACCCGGCCUUGCACCAAA